AUGUCUUCUUUAAGAGCUCGAAAACAAAUCGACUACAGCAAGUUUGAUGUGGUAGAAGACGCCAGUGAUGAUGACUUUCAGGAAACGUCACAAGGUAAAAAAACAAAAUCAACAUCCCGCAAAGGGAAGGAAAAGAAGGAAACUCUAUCGAAAAAUGCUACACCAGCAACCAACAACUUAGCAAGCCCUAACAAACCUAGAUUAUCGCGUUCCGAAAAAAUGUUCCAGCGAGACUUGGAAGCGGCAAUUAAAGCCUCUCAAGAUUCAACAGGAGAAAGUAAAAAUGAAAGUGGGGAAUUAGUUUCGGAGAAUUUAGAGGACGACGAAGAAGCAGCUGCUGACUCAGUUCACGAAGAUGAAGCUAAGGAAGAGGAAGAAAGUGAAGAAGGCAAGGAAUCUGAUGAGAGCGAAGUUAAGCCGGUUAAGAAAGGUCGCAAAAGAGCUGCUACUGCUGCUGCUUCUACACCUGGACGACCGCGUAGGCAAGCAGCAGUCAAAAAAAGUAAGAAACAGAUAGAAAGCGAAGACGAAGAAGAUGAUGACGAUGAUGAGAGUGCUUUCUCUGCUGAGGAAGAGGAAGAGGAUGAAGACGAUGAAGACAGCAGCAAUAGCAGUGAUAUUAGCGAGGAAUUCGUACCUCAGCCUAAAGGAUCCAAGAAAAAGACGCCGGCUACGACUAAGAAAGGUAAAAAAGCAGCAGCAACCAACAAUAAGCGUCAAAAAGUUACACCCCGUAAAGCUAAGCCUGCUGUCAAAAAAACUGCUAGCCCUAGAAAGAUCAACCUCGAUAAAAUCAAACCAAAUCGCCCUCGUCCUCGAUGGAAUGUUACUGUUGUAAAUAAGGCAGACAAUACUCCCGGUAAGAAGGGGCGAAGUAUUGGUAAAUCUGGAAGAAAGAGUCUUGGAAUGUCAAGAAGUUCUUCUACAUCCAACUCCGGACUGGGAAGUACUCCUCUGCCAUCCCCAGGUUCCGUUGCAAGUCCCUCAGCAGCGGUAGUUCGAAUCGGUUUAUCCAAAAAGCAGUCUGUAAAGCCGCUGCAUCCAAGCGCUAAUAAUAGCAAAUGA